CACUGUCUGCCACGUAAAAUUUGUCAAAGUUUGUCAAUACAACAAUUUGAUACUCGUCGUUCAUUCGUGUUAAAUUUAUUGCAACGAAAAGUAGUUGAAAUUACACUAACAAAAACCCGCCAUGGAUAAAGUUGUUAAAUUCUGUGAACCUGGACGCGCUUUCGCCAAGGACUCCAUCCGUUUGGUUAAACGUUGCACCAAACCCGAUCGCAAAGAAUUCCAAAAGAUUGCUAUCGCCACCGCUAUCGGCUUCUGUAUUAUGGGAUUCAUUGGUUUCUUCGUUAAACUCAUCCACAUCCCCAUUAACAACAUCAUUGUGGGCUCAUAAAUUUUGAAAUGGAUGUUUUUAUACCUCAAGGCUGUAUCAGCUUAUGUUUGUAUCAUCAUCGUCUAUUUCUUUAUUUUUUUGAUAUAUGUUAAUAUUUUUUAAGUUCCACAUCCACAAAAUAUAAGAAAAUUUAUUAAUGUUUGUGUUUCUACUUCUUAAAACAACAAAUGCAUAUUUCUUAGUAAAUUUUUCUAGACUUUAAGCGAUUAUUUUUUGAGAAUUUUCACGUCAACUGGCAUUAAGGUCACUGGCUAAUGAGAGUUUACGACUUUUUUUUCCAUUUUUUUAAUUCAUGUUUAAUUUAUAACAAUAAAAUUUCUAUAAAAAUAUAAA